AUGGGACCGCCAACUUUCUUGCCUUCCAGUGCCAAAUCAAGUACAUUCACAUUGAACAAUUCAACACACCUUGUUCCAACUCUUAGACAUGACAUACCUAUCUUGCAAACCAAUUACAACCACGAAACAAGAUUCUCCACUCAGAAAGGUUUAAACUCGCUUCUUAGAGUCAACAAUCAUUCUCAUGACCAAAUGCUCACAUCGAUGAAUGAGGAAUCAAUUGGUGCUUUAACCACAUUCAAUGAUGUUGGUAUCACACAAUUUGGCACACCUUUUCCAGUUACACCUUGUUCUACACCUUCUACACCAAUCAAGCUUAUUCGUGGAAAAAAUCUGGUGUUCCAAGUUGAUCCAUGUACUAAGCAGCCAGGUUGGAAACCCGUCAAUUUUGAAUAUCAUGUCUUUACUGAGCAGGAGAUUGGUAGAGGCUCUUGUCGAAUAUGUUAUAAUGCAUUAGGUGAAAUCAAGGGAAAUGUUUGCAAGAUGGUCGCGAAGCAGCUCAUAACAACCAACACUGUUGGGAAGAAACUUCUCCACUCAUACACCCAAACCCAGCAGCUUUAUAUGGCUGUAUCGAAGUAUUUAAAGCAAUUUCAGGCAAAAUGCGCUUCUUUGAAAGAUAAACCACUCAUAGAUUGUAUAGCUAAUUUACAGGUCGUCAACUCAUUUGUGGUAUAUAGCGGAAAGUAUGAUGAUCUUGAUCCAAAGAAUAUAUGGUUUUUUGAAGACUCACUAGUUGAUCAAGGUAAAUUCCGAAAAUACACUUCAAAUGUACAUUUCAAAACCCAACAAGUUGGAGAUCCAAUUCACCUAUGCAUUGCAGCCUUCACCCACUAUGUUUACGAGAUUACAAGUCAUCAACGAUUGGUUGCUGAUUUACAAGGGUCUGGUUUUUAUUUGACGGACCCAUUGAUCCUUGAUUCAAGGAACGCUUGGGUUGCUGAAACAAAUACGGCAGAGAAGGGUUUUGCCAACUUUGAGAACCAACAUCGGUGUUAUACACUCUGUGGUAUAUUAGAUCUCCCCUUUCUUCCGGGUCAAUCAUCUUCCCAAGAUCAUCAAGAGAAUCAUGAUAUUGAUUAUAUUGCUGAACACGUUAAAAAUGGUGGUCGGCCUGAUUUGAGUGAAAGUAUGGCAUCUUUGAAUGUUCUUCUUGAAGAAAGAGAUCGGGAUGCAUCACCACUAUAG